UGCGAAGUUUGCCGAUUGCAGUUUCUCUCGUAAUUCCGCGAGACUUUACGGCUUUACUGGCAGAUUUCAUCGUACUGAAAACAACGUUUAGGUCAACAUGCCAAAAGUAAAGAGGAGCAGGAAACCCCCUCCAGAUGGAUGGGAACUCAUCGAGCCUACUUUGGAUGAACUUGAUCAGAAAAUGCGCGAGGCUGAAACAGAGCCACAUGAGGGAAAGAGGAAGGUGGAGGCACUGUGGCCUAUAUUUCGCAUCCAUCACCAGAAGUCACGAUAUCUGUAUGAUCUUUUCUACAGGAGAAAAGCUAUCAGUAGAGAACUGUACGAGUACUGCCUGAAGGAGGGGAUAGCAGACAAGAACCUGAUAGCCAAGUGGAAGAAACAAGGUUAUGAGAACUUGUGCUGCCUCCGCUGUAUCCAAGUCCGCGACACCAACUUUGCUACCAACUGUAUCUGCAGAGUACCUAAAGGAAAGCUUGAAACUGGCAAGAUUGUUGAAUGUAUACACUGUGGAUGCAGAGGCUGUUCCGGCUGAUUCAGAGAAAAGUGGGAUUUUGUUUUCAACUAAUCUCAGACCUCAUGUGACCUUUACAAGUCAUGAAGAUUUCACACACUUUUUUAAUUAUCCAUUUGGCUCAUUGUAGUGUGAAUACAACAAAUUCAUAUGUGACAUAUUUUUAAAUUUGUUUGCAUAUUUUAUGGAUUUGUUUGUAUUCAUUGUAAGAAAAAGAAUAUGUCAGUCACAAUCAUGUUGUUUGCCUUAUUGAUAAUUAGGAUGCAAUUUGGUAUGUAGAUAUUUUCAAAGGUUUUCAGUCAUUUUAUGUGUGUAAUUUGGGAUCGGUUAUGUAUGUACAAUUCAAUACACUUUUCACAAACUUUCAAUGAUACAUCAUGUAUAUAUUUCUCACUCUCAGCUUAUGUAAAUAUGAAUGUUUCUGUCACCAUGGUAACUGUUUACUAUAGAACCAUUUUGGAUGAAGUAAUUUGUGUUUACAACAGUACGCUUGGUGGUGAUAGAUUCACAAGAGAGUACAUAAUUUUCAGUUUUAACAGUAAGUGUGGUUCUAAUGUAUGUGUGAAUAAAAUGGGAAAAAUCAAAAA